GGUUACUAAGGCAACUGCAGCCCUAAUGAGCAGCAUCAUCUGAGUUGAUGUCACAGCAUCAUCAUCAUCAUCAUCCAGCAGGUCACAGCACCAGCCUCUCCGCCCCAGAGCCUCAAACACAGGGACCACCGCAGUCCUGAAGGAGAUCCGUCCGGAUUUAGGGGAUAGAUAAGGUCCGGUGAUCCUGCAGAGUGCUUAGGGAUUGAUACACUCGCGAUCCUGAAUAUAUCAGCCGUUGCCGCAAGGCUCGGGCCUAACUCACUGCGAUAGACAGCUGCGCAGAUCCUGCUCGUUUGACAGCCCGGGAACAAGAGAGAGAACAAUGGCCGCCGCUCCCUUAUAUGGGCAGGGGCGGGGUGAAUCAGAUUGGUCCGAACAUCCGUCAUUCACUGUUACACAGUGUGAUGGGUAGCAUACGUCACAGGGACCUCCAAAGGUCCUUAAGCAGAAAUACCAUAGAGUUCACCUCCCCACGUGACCCGCAGGUCCUGCUACGCUAUAGACAGAUAUGAAAAGCUCUACAUCAUGAGCCUGACAAAUACUAGAUCCCAGGAAGCAGCUAUCAUGGACCCUAACACUGGUGACUCUUGUGAAAUCGAGCCCUCCAUUGGGCAGGAUUGUGUCCAGCGCUCUGAAAGGCCUCCUCCGGUCCAUACAGGGGCGGACUGGAAAAUUAUCCUGCAUCUGCCAGAGAUUGAUACCUGGAUAAGAAGCACAGCCGAAAGAGUAAGAGGACUCACACAGUCUGUGCAAGAAGACCCUCAAAGCAAGCAUGUUGAUGUGCAUCUAAUGCAACUCAAGGAUAUUUGUGAGGAUAUCUCUGAUCAUGUGGAACAGAUCCAUGCCCUGCUGGACACAGAGUUUUCCCUGAAGCUCCUGUCGUACUCGGUGAAUGUGAUCGUUGAUAUUCACACAGUGCAGCUCUUGUGGCAUCAGCUGCGGGUGUCUGUGCUGGUCCUGAGGGAGAGGAUCCUACAGGGGCUGCAGGACAGCAACGGCAACUAUACCCGGCAGACGGACAUCCUGCAGGCGUUCACUAAGGAGGAGCAAGAGGAUAGACUGGAUGCUCUCACCGAGGUGGAUGGCUCUGGUCAGCUGACCAUUCGAUGCCCCCCAGAUUACCUUUCUCUAGAUUGCGGGAUCACUGCCUUUGAAUUAUCAGACUACAGUCCGAGGGAAGAGGACACACCGCCACCUCCUGCAAAGCCCCUAGAAGAUUGGACAUACAACGCUAUGCAACAGGAGUUUCCAGAUCUGGUGAAGGGACCGGGCCUGCUGACUGUGAUUCCUGACAAAGACAUCACCCUUAAUGCUGAGAUGGAACAAGACUUAACACCUAAGCAGAUUGAUGAACCAGGACAGCAAUCUCUUAAAAUGUUCACUACCAGCGAAAGCACCACACCAAAAAGACCUCUUCAGGAGAGCAGUGACCAUGGAGGAGAUUCCCCCACUCGUCCCUCUUUACCAAAGAGAGGAUUGUUCCUAAAUGAUGUGGCUGACUGGGCACCAGCAGACAACCAGGCAUCUAUUGAACCCAACUCUCCUUUGUCAGUAUGUCCGACUUCCCCCAAACAACACUUUGUUCUUAGCCUGACUCCCACAUAUUCCACAGUCCCAUCCUUUCUUCAAAAGCAAGAACCUGAAGACGAUGUUACAAGACACAAUAUGGUGGCAAUAGAGGACUACAGUGAGGUGCGACAGGGCCUAGAUGGCAGAGAGUCACCCAACAAUUCUAAUCCCUCGCACUGCAGCACACCAAAUAAAAGUCAGAAAGAUCAAGAGGAUGACAGACUGCUGGAUUCACCACCACCUGAUUUAGGGACGGGCAGCUGGUAUGGGUCAGAUGAGUUCCUGGCAUUACCCUCGCACUUACAUGAAGCAGACCUUCUUGCCUUGCGCCUCGGUAGCCUUUCACAGCUGGUAUCUCCUACUCCGGGAGAACCACAACCAGCACUGAGGGAUGUAGAGGACUGGGAGAUCAGUUCGGGCUCAGAACUUGGGCCCAGCUCACCCCGCUGUAUCUCUCCAAAUACCCCCAGUGAGAUGGCAUUGUAUCUAAAUGGCAGUGGACGAUCAACUCCACAACCCGGGGCUCCAGCAAACAGUGUACGACAAAACAGAGCAGCACUUAUACAGAGGCUAAUGUGGGAUAUACAGAGGCAAGACAACGAUCGGCACGUGUGGGAAAAAAUUCAGGGCUUUGUAUCCAAGCUUGAUAAAUUUAUCCGCUGGUUGCAAGAUGCUAUGGAAGCCACUGAGAACUGGACCCCUCCUCAGCCAGAAACAGAAGCCCUACAGCAGUAUCUUCAUACACACCUGAACUUUAAGCAGAGUGUGGACGGUCACUGUUCUCUAAAGGACGCGGUGCUAGAAGAAGGUCACCGACUGAUGGAAGUCCUAGUUUCUCACAGACAAGGAUUUCAAGAGAUGCUGCAGAUGAUUACUGCCCAGUGGAAAGAGCUGCAGAAACAGAUACGGAGGCAGCACGGCUGGAUUAUGGGCGCUCUGGAUACCAUCAAGGCCGAUAUUCUUCAGGAAGAUGAGUUGCCAGAAGUUGUAAGUGAAUCACAGGUGAAUGAACCGACCAGUUGCUUGCAGGCUCAGAGAGAUGCCAUAACCAAGAUGUCACUGCAGCUGAGCAGCACCGAGUAUACCGAGAAAAGCCAUCACUCAGAGCCGCCCACACUGAAAUGUAGCUUGAGAUGUGACAGCGUACAGGACUUGGAGGGAGAGUGCCAGGAAUUCUGCGACUGGCUGCUUGACAUGGAGGCCACUGUCCAGAACAGUCUUGGGUUAUUGGUGUCCGAAGAGCAACAUCUACAUAUGUGCAAGAGAUGCAGCGUCGAGUUAUCACUGAGAGAGGAUCGGGUGCACUCUUUGUUACGUCAGCUGGCGACCUUAAGAAACGAAGGGACAGCAUUACCUGAUGGCGUUGCUGACAAGGAAGAGUUAAUAAGGGAGAAGUGGGAUAUGUUGAAGAGAUCUCUUUCUGAAGCCCUGUCAAGCUGUGUCCCCCGUCCCGUCCUCUCUCCCGGUAGUGGGAAUCUAGUGCAGCAGCUGGAUCAGCAAGUCAAAGAGCUAAAAUCUUGGCUUAGAGAUACGGAGUUAGCUUUGUAUAACUCCAGCCUAAGAGUAGGGAAAGAAGAUAAUAGCAGAGAAAAGGAAAUACUCCAGAGAGAGCUGCACCAGUUCCAGAGUCUAUGCUCGGAGCUCAGGCUGCGUAGGCGCGGUGUGGCUUCCAUCCUGCGUUUAUGCCACCAUCUCCUAAACCUCCAGGACCAGGUUCCACAACAUGACACCCCCAACCUGCAGCUUCUUAGUGUCAAUUUAGAGAGGAGAUGGGAGGCCAUUGUAAUGCAGAGUACACAGUGGCAAAGGCGCCUUCAGAGAGAACUGGGUGAGGAGCAGGAGAUGGAUCUUCUGGUGGACCCUGACUGGGCUGAUUUAAGUAGUGCUCCCGGGGAAGAAGCCUUGGAAUGGGACGAGACUGAUAUCACAACUGAGGUCAUAUGUGAAAGUCCAGAUGCAGAGCAGAUGAAAGCAGAGCCAUUUGUGUUAGGUGGAAGACAUUGCUCUGGACAUGUUAUUUCUGAUCAAAUGGAACAGCAAAGUUCCUUGCAAGCACCAGCCGUGUAUCAAGUCUACAGUGUGCACGAUAUGGAACUUUUCAGAACAAACCUAGAUCCUUCACCAAAUGAAGCAUCGAAGAAGCCUGGCACCCUAGCACCUCUCCCUCUUUCUAUGCUACAAGGAUUUCCAUUUAUAUCUUUGCCAGACUUAGCUAAUGGAUCUUCUCAAUCUUCUCAUUUCCAUCCCACAAAACAUCAGAAGGAUUCGUGUGGCCAUUCUGAGAGUGAAAGUGGCAUUGCAAGUGGAGAAGGUGUGACGGCUGCCAAUUCAGAAGGAUGUUUAUCCCUUGAUGGUGAAAUACCACAAGGUUGUUUGGUUCAGAAUGUGGAUGUGGGGAACUUUGGGAUUAAAGAAAUUGGACAUACACAGUAUUCUAGAACAAAGCCACAAAGUCAACUGGUGCUUAUUGAUUCGCCACAAUUACAAGCCGAUAAAUACCAAUUGGUGGUGCUGGAAAAGACUCAGAGGCCAAUGCCUAGUUUUUGUCUCCAAAGAAUGCCAGGUAAGACUGGUACAAAUAGAACAAUGCUUACAGCUAGCUCAGAAGACCAUAGCCCUGUAGAUGCAGUUGAGGACCUUAUUGAAGUACUGAGUCCAGAAAACAGUCCCCCUAAUUCCUCCUCACUGGAAUCUUUGUCAGGGGCUGGUGAAGUUCUAGAGAAUUCAGUUCUGAGGCGUAGUGUGUCUCUCGAGAGUUGGCCAGCCUCAUAUAAGAGCAAUGAAGACCUAUUUAGUCAGCAAGGUUCAGCUGAUGUUACCCCAGGUAGUGAGCCAGGUGAAGAAUUAAGUAAGCGUACUUUGGACCUGCUGAAAAGAUUGGAAGACAUUGAAUGCCCAACAGAGCAGAAAAUGAAGCGUAGUCUUUCUGAUGAUAUUACUUUAAGGAGUGGUUCUCGGAAGGCGUCAUUUAGUGGUCUACAUUCCCCACACGAUAAAGAAUCAUCAGGGAAUGAAGAUGUUGGUUCUGAGUUGACAGAACUGAGUAGCAGUGAUGAACUUUCACUGAGAUCUGAAGACAUGGUUAUACUAAAAGGCCGACUAGGGUUGCUCAAUUCCAAUGCCUCUUUCCGCAAGCACUUGAGUCGUUCUCUGGGGGGAGAAGAAGGCGAAGCCAAUCUAAGUAUGAUUGUUAAUGUAUCAUGUACCUCAGCAUGCACUGAUGAAGAAGAUGAUAGUGACCUGCUGUCGAGUUCCACCCUCACAUUAACUGAGGAAGAGGAAGAAGAGGAACUUGAAGAGCCAAACUCUAGUUUAGGAAGUGAAGAUGAAGCUGGGGAUGGUACAGGUCUGCCCUUAGGGUCUGAUUUUAUUAGAAGAGAGCUGCAGGCUUGGGUUAGACCUUCAAUUUUCCUUCCAGGAGAAAGAAGGAAAAUGAAUAGACUAGUACAAGACAUGUAUGGAGCACCUAAAUCUGAGAAGGGUCUGCAGUUUUCUUUACAAAGACAGAAAGAGAACAAUGGAAAUGGAAAAGAUACUAGCAAGGUUUUGACAAAAGUAGGUGAUGAAAAGACGUUACUGAACUCAACUCAGUUGGUCGAUGAUAUGGAAAAUGGAAACAUCAAUAAUAGGGAAUUUACAAUAAAAGACAGUCUGUUCAAAAGAAUCGUCCCGGAGAAAAAAAUAAAAUCUGGCCCAUAUCCAUCAAUAUCAAUUACCAAAACAGAAAAACUUCACCCGCCAAGCAUGCCUGCAUUGGCUUUUCACAAGCCCCGUGAGCUAGGACCAUCUUCUAAAGGGAAGAGCAAUUUACGGGUUACGAGUGACUCAGUUACUGAUGUGGAUAUGCUCGAUAAUAGUUUAUUACCACCUGAAAAAGAUCAACCUUCUACUGUCCUUUCAGGAUCAGCGGAUGAGGGGUCUUGUUCUUGUCAUAGCUCUGCACAUGAAAGGUCUAGCAGUCCAGAUUGUUCUGUACAGGACUUUGUAAAGGAAAUUCUGGGCAUGACAUCUAAUGCACUCCAUAGAUCAUCACCACAAGAUGGCCAGAAGCAAGGGCCUGGGGCGCAGAUCAGGGAAAAAGUGUUGGAACAUUCUCGCAAACAGCUCGAGAGAGGGGACUUCUACUCUUACUUAUCUCUUUCUUCUCAUGACAGUGAUUGUGGAGAGCUUAGUGGAUCGGCCAGGGCUGCAACACCACAGAUGCCAGUAGAGGAGUCCACAGAAGAUCAAAUAGAGAGUAUGUUUGAGGCAUGUCCAGAAGAGAAGACAAAAGGACAGGCGAGCGAUGAGUCUAUUGAACUUAAAGGUUCUUCCAAGCUGACAUCCUCACAGCCAAUAUCAAAUACCUUGCCAGUCAAAGAUACUACUGUUAAAAGCUCACAGAGCAGACCCACCAUCUCAGGGCAACAAUUUACCAAUAGAGUUUCUGCCCGGAAAUUUCAGGAUAAUUUAACUGUUGCUGCAAAAGGAGCCAACAACAAAAACUCCUACAAGAAGCUGCCUUCCACAAAAGAAGUUCAUCCUGAGCCUAAAGGCAAAAGUUCCGUAAAGCCAGUAGUCUCUAGCUUGCCUAUUCUGCACAAAAGGGUCAGAGACCAAAGGACAAUGGCAACAAGUGGUGCAAACCCUGGCACAGGGCAUCAGAAGAGACCAUUAAAUGGACCCAAAACCAACAAGGACCUGUAACUGCCUUCUCUUUGCCGGGGGCACAUCCUCUACAAAGGUGAAGGCGGCAGUGUUGCAUGCACUGCUCUCCUGUCUAUGCUUCCUCUCGCACAGAAUCUCGGGUUUUCAUCCAUUUUGCUUUCUGUGAGAACCUACAAAAAACGGAUAAACCCUUUGACUCCUUGGGUAUAAAACAGGGUAAAGAUAAUAAAUUGCCCUACGCCCGGCAAUCAGUAUCACCGACGAGUAUGAGGCUUGCAAGUUCUUGGUUUUAAGAAGACAGAAAGAAGGCCUUGAACGUUGGCUUUUUUUUGAGCAAAUAUGAAGAGCCAGGCUCCGGGGCUUUGUAUGAAGUCAUUUCCGAGGCAGUAGAUGAAGAUGUGUUAUGGACAAUGGACACAGUAAGGCAGAGUGAGAAGCAAAAGUGAUAACAUUUUACCUGUCCUAUAAUAAUGGAGGAAAUGUUAUAUGUGAGGUUUCUGGGAUGGUAACGUCAACCAGGGAGAGGAUAGUGAAUGUGAACAAAGAAAAAGUCAGGUUUGAGAACGGAGAAAGCCUAGAAUGUAAGUGCAAAAGGGUUAGAAUAGUGGAAUUUUGCAGAAAUCAAAAAGGUUAGGAUAGGAAAUGUGGCAGGGGCUGCGUUGGGUUAACCAUUUGUCUGCCUAAAAGGGCGUU